CCUUUUUUUUUCUUUUUUGGUCAAGGAGUUUCUACCCCUCCUUGCGUCAGCCUCACGUCACUUGGCCGGUGGCAGCCCCCGAGCUUUGGGGCUGGAGCCGGAGCCUGGAGCCGCUCUUCGCAGGAGGAGGAGGGAGACGGCGGCAGCGGCGCGUGGGGCAGCGAAGCGCCUUCUCCCCCCACCGCAACCCCCCCCACACACACGCAGCCCGCUCCCUCCCUGCGGUGUCGGCCCACAGAAGCCGGGCAGGAGGGCGGCUGACGCGGCAGCGGCACCAGCGGCAGCUCCCCCCGGGGGCUCCUAGCCUCAGCCGGUCUCCUCUCGCCUCUCCCGCGCCGCCUCAGAGGACUUCUCCCCGGCCGACGGAGCGCAGGAGGCGCAGUCGCCGCCUAGGGGCCAGGCAAGAAGGCGGCCGCUGAGGCGACGGGAGCCUCGACGAUGCCCGAGUGACUGGCUCGCCCUCGGAGCCGCGCUGGAUUGAUUGCCUUUUGCGGGCGGGAGGGCGAGCGCGAGGCCAGCAGCAGCAGCAGCUUCUUCCUCGGCGUCGGCCGGCAUGGGAGCCUGGCCCAGGACGUGGUGUUGGCGGCGGCGGCAGCAGCUGCACGGCUCCCCGCGGCCGGCGGCCACCCGCUUCUGGAGCUUGUGGUGGCUGGUGCUGGGCGCCUGGCGGGGGCUGGCGGCCUCGGCUUGCCCCGCGUCGUGCACGUGCAGCGCCGAGCAGAUCUGGUGCCUGGAGCCCGCCGGGAACCUCACCUCCUUCCCGGUGCUCGGCAAGAGGAGCGCGCCCGAGAAAGUCACCGACAUUUACAUUGCAAACCAACGGAAAUUAGAAAGCAUAAAUGAAAGUGAUGUCAGAAGCUACGUUGGAUUAAGAAAUUUAACUGUGGUGAAUUCAGGUUUGAAGUUUGUCUCAACCAAAGCUUUCCUGAAAAAUCCCAGCCUGCAUUACAUUAACUUAUCUGGAAACAAGUUCUCAAGUUUGUCCAGAAAGUCUUUCCGCCACCUGAAUUUGACUGAUCUGAUUUUGGAUGGCAAUCCAUUCAAGUGUAACUGUGACAUUAUGUGGAUCAAGAUAUAUCAAGAGACCAAGUUUCCAAAAACUCAGGAUUUUUACUGUAUGAAUGACUUCAACCAGAACAUAUCUCUGAGGGAGAAGCCAGUCACAAACUGUGGCUUGCCUUCGGUUAGGCUGAACACACAGAACCUCACUGUUAUUGAAGGAAGAAGUGUCACAUUGUACUGUGAGGCUACUGGAAGUCCAUCACCAAGUAUAGCUUGGGUUUUCAAUAAUAUUGUUUCAAAACAUGAGAACGACACAAAUAAGAACCCAGCUUCCCUAACCAUAAAGAAUAUAUCAUCGAAUGACAGCGGCGUGCAGAUUUCUUGUGUAGCAGAAAACAUUGUGGGCGAAGACCAAGCUUCUGUUGACCUCGUGGUGUUCUUUGCACCAAAUAUCACCUACCUUGAAAUUCCAUAUCCGGACCACCACUGGUGUAUUCCAUUCAGCGUGAGGGGGAACCCACAACCUAUCCUGACAUGGUUGCAUGACGGAGUUAAGUUGAAUGAGUCCGUCUAUAUCUGGACUAAAAUACAUGUUGUAAAUCAAACGGAAUACCAUGGCUGCCUUCAGCUGGACAACCCUACUCAUGUGAACAACGGUGAUUAUACCUUGGUGGCACAGAAUCAAUAUGGAAAAGAUGAAGCCAGCAUUUCUGCGUACUUUAUGGAAGAUCCUGGAGGUAUGCAGGAUCCGGAAUGCUGGUCCCCAUUCCCAGAUGAGACAGAUCUUACAGGUAGUUCGUUCUACACCCAUCUUGGUUAUAGUGAGGAUUAUGGAACGCCAACGGAUAAUUUUGAAGAUACUACAAAUAAUAGUAAUCCAGUUACUUCUACGGAUGUUUCCGACAAAAACAAUGAAGAUAGCAUCACUGUCUAUGUUGUAGUGGGGAUUGCAGCAUUAGUGUGCACUGGCUUAGUUAUUUUGCUCAUUAUUCUCAAGUUUGGAAGGCACUCCAAGUUUGGAAUGAAAGUUGAAUUUAAACAAGUUGGUCUGGUAGACCACAUGUGGCUGUCAUUGCAAGACUGCGAUAAUGAAGGUCCUUCUUCAGUUAUCAGCAAUGACGACGAUUCAGCGAGUCCUCUUCAUCACAUCUCUAAUGGAAGCAACACUCCAUCUUCUUCCGAGGGCGGACCGGAUGCAGUAAUUAUUGGAAUGACAAAGAUUCCCGUAAUUGAAAACCCUCAGUAUUUUGGGAUCACAAAUAGUCAACUCAAGCCCGACACAUUUGUCCAGCACAUCAAGCGACACAACAUUGUUCUCAAAAGGGAACUGGGAGAAGGAGCCUUUGGGAAAGUCUUCUUGGCCGAAUGUUAUAAUCUGUGUCAUGAGCAGGAAAAGAUCUUGGUUGCAGUGAAGGCACUAAAAGAUGCUAGCGACAAUGCCCGCAAAGACUUCCACCGGGAGGCAGAACUAUUAACUAACUUACAGCAUGAACACAUUGUGAAGUUUUAUGGGGUAUGUGUGGAAGGAGAUCCUCUCAUCAUGGUCUUUGAAUACAUGAAGCAUGGAGAUCUUAACAAGUUCCUCAGGGCACAUGGACCUGAUGCAGCUCUGAUGGCUGAAGGGAGUCAUCUAACGGAGCUAACCCAGUCACAGAUGUUACAUAUUGCCCAGCAGAUUGCAGCUGGCAUGGUUUACUUGGCAUCACAGCAUUUUGUGCAUCGUGACCUUGCCACUCGGAAUUGCCUGGUUGGUGAAAACUUACUGGUGAAGAUAGGAGAUUUUGGAAUGUCAAGAGACGUGUAUAGCACAGAUUACUACAGGGUUGGUGGACAUACCAUGUUACCCAUUCGCUGGAUGCCUCCUGAAAGCAUAAUGUACAGAAAAUUCACCACGGAAAGUGAUGUCUGGAGCCUUGGAGUCGUUCUAUGGGAAAUCUUUACCUACGGCAAACAGCCAUGGUAUCAGCUCUCAAACAAUGAGGUAAUUGAGUGUAUUACUCAGGGCCGUGUCCUGCAGCGACCUCGCACCUGCCCCAAGGAAGUCUAUGAUCUGAUGUUGGGAUGCUGGCAGCGGGAGCCUCAUAUGAGGCUCAACAUCAAAGAAAUCCACUGCCUGCUUCAGAACUUGGCCAAGGCAUCUCCAGUGUACCUGGAUAUUCUGGGAUAGAAACUCCUGGCACUUCCUCUUACGGAGUGUGUGAAUGAAUGUGUUCAAUUGCCACUAAACUCCAUUAAAAUGUGUUCUCAACUCUGACAGUAUUAAAUACAAAGAUAUGGAGAAGCUUUCAAAGGGCAAGCUGUGUGCAUUUCCCCCUCUGUAGACACAGUAUUGACUUUGUGACAUUACUGACAUGUAUCUCUUCUCCCCUUCGUUCUUUCUGUGUCUCUGUCCCUGCCCCUCGAUUUCUCUUCAAUCAGGCUUCUGCAUUAUUAUAACUCUGCAUAGACAAAGGCCUUAAAAAAACCUGACCUGUUAUAUCAACAGACACUCAGUUUUGCCCAUCACAACUAACAAUGCCUUGUUGUAUUCAUGCCUUUGACCUGGAUAAAAAAAGGGAAAUAAUGACUUGAACUUUGUGACUUCUGCUGUAUGGAUAUCUGGAGCUUCUAUGGAUUCACCUCUUCUUCACGUGCUUUGGCAUCUGGGCAGAAAAACUGAAGACUGGUAUUCUCUGUGGGAAUCUUGUUUUAGCUGAGAUCAAGCCAGAGGGAAAGAAAUCAGCAGAUUGAGUAAUCCACUCUAAGGAGAAACUAUAGGAUCAGAUGGCAUCUGAUAUACCACUUUAAUAUAUCGAUGUAAUUAUUUGGUGAAUGGGAAGGAAUUCAGUGAUUUCCCCUGGGAAAUGUUUAGAGGAGUAAAGGCACAUCUAAGUGUGCCGCCGUUUUUACACCGAUAGAUGCAUCCAUGUGGUCUGUAUAAAAGGCGUUGCCAAGACAUCUCAGAAUUGCAUAGCAAUAUGCUCCAGCCUUGUUUAACCAUAGGGAUUUCUGAUGUCUCGGAAUACUAGCUGAUGAGAAUCACACAUGCGGAGAGUGCUGCUGUUCUUAGUUCCUGUUUGUGGGCUUCUCCAAGGCAUCUGGUUGGCCACUGUGAAAACAGGAUGCUGUACUAAGAUAGGUAUUGGGCCUGAUUCGGAUAGGCUGUUAUUUCGUUCUGUUCUGAUGCCACUGGUACAAUUGUUCUCCCGUGAGUCUUUGAUAACGCAGGCGAGGGCUGAGGUAUAUUAAAGUGUAGUAUAAUUACCAAGGCCAAUUCCUAAAAUAUGAAUGCUUCCGUAAGACAGGAGGGAAGCUUCUCUUAUAUGAUGCUGUUCAGACAGCGAGCCCUUGCUGUCGCCCCCCUUUCCUCUUCCCCUUCUCCCUGUGCAAACCCCAACCCAGCAUGGUCCCUGUUGAUUAAUACCCAGCAAUUUGUGCUGAAAACAGUUGCUCAUCUCAUUGUGCACCCAAAUAGGCGUAGCAAAUUCAUGACGGAAAACAUAUAUUUAGUUGUAGGAAGGUCAUUAGCUACAUUCAAACAUCUAUACAUUGUCGCAGGCGCAAGAGGCUGGUACCGAAGAUUAUAUGGCAUUUGUGAGAAAACAGGUCCAAGAAGUCUCUAGGGAAACGACAGUACGGUUAUUAACUUGGUGAAUGAUUAAGAUUCAGAGUUCGCACUGGAGUCUGCUUGAUGAAGUGGUGGUAUUCCGGUCUUUUUUUAUUUACGAUUGACAGGCAUGGUGCGUUUACACUUUUCAUCAUGGCUGCUGGGCUGAAGAAGGCAAGCUCGUGACACACAAAUGUGAAAGGUCUAGGAUGUGCAUGUCAGGUAAUUUCUAUUAUAAACCCUUAAGAUGAGAUAAAAUCAAAGUCAGUUCCUACCUUUGUGGAGAAAGUGCUGCAAAAAAUAGGGGUUAUUUUUUACUAAAACAAAUGGGGUCAUAAACGCACAGCUUGUCAAUGUUUUAUUGUCAUUUUAUUUUUAAAAUUAAGCACUUAUUUUUCUAAGUGUUUCCAUAAUAGUUUAAUAUAUGUUUUGCUUGCAUUUCUUAUUUAUUAAGGCACUUUCUUUUUGUCCCUCAGUAGUUUGGAAAGAAACUGUUCUUUUACAUCUAAAUUAAAAUAGCAAAUGUUAAAUAGUGAUGAAGUUGGGCUCUCUUAUGUCAUUGACAAAGGUUGGUGAAGAAUACAUAUAACAAUGUAACUCUAAAGCCAUAUAUAUAUAUGUGU